CUUUGAUGACAAAUCAAUACAACAACCGCAUGAGAUGAUUAGAAAAAAUAGCCAUAAAAGCAGGGGCAAACGAGAAAAACGUGUGAAACAUGGACAGGUGGGCCCAGACCAAACCAGCAUGUAUAGAAUAUACAUCAGUGAAGAGCUUCAAGAUUAUAGUCAAGGAGAGAAAGAGCCAAACUUGAAACAGAUGGAAAGCCAGCUAGAAAUCUGCAAGGCGAGACAGAAUUCCAUGAACACCAAGGAGCAGCGAUGUGGAUUGGAAUACAACAUUGGAGCCAAAGCGGCCACAUCACAGGGUUCACAUGAAGUUGUGUCUACAGAAAAGCAAUCUUUAGGCUUAGACAGGGCUGUUGAUUUGACUGAAGGCUUGAAGGGAGUUGUUGCAGACAAUGCAAGGCUAACAAAUGAAACUGGCAAAAUAAAAACUUUUAAUGUUCAUGAGAAACAAAUUCAACAUGCGAGAUACAGCCCACCAAAGGCAUUUAUGUGGCCAUUGGCUGCUGUUUCAUUUCUUUUUGCAUGUUUUAUCCUGCCUUUAUAUGCAGAUGCAUGCACACCUGCAAUGAAGGAUCAGGUUGCUACAGUAGGAGACAAUGCCACUUCAUGUUUCCAGGUUCCUCCAAACCAAGAUGGCAGUUUUCAUGUCAAUAAUGAUUCUUGUGGUUCAUUGAACACAUGGUCUAGAUAUGAUAAUCAUGUAAUGGUAGACCCAAACUGCACAAUGAAAUUAGCUCCACACUAUAAGCAUGGAAAUUUCUGUUUGACCCUCUAUAAUGUGUCAUCUGGGGACAAGAAUAUUUCGAUAACUUAUACAGGAUCAAAUCAAUCAAACUGCUAUGCCCUACUCAAAGUCCUGAAUAACCCACCUGAUAACCUGCCUUAUGCAUGCACACCUACAAUAAAAGAUCAGGUUGCUACAGUAGGAGUCGAUGCCACUUCAUGUUUUCAGGUUCUUCCAAACCAAGAUGGCAGUUUUCAUGUCAAUAAUGAUACUUGUGGUUCAUUGAACACAUGGUCUAGAUAUGAUAAUCAUGUAAUGGUAGACCCAAACUGCACAAUGAAAUUAGCUCCACACUAUAAGCAUGGAAAUUUCUGUUUGACCCUCUACAAUGUGUCUUCUGGGGACAAGAAUAUUUCGAUAACUUUUACAGGAUCAGAUCAAUCUGUCUGCUAUGGCCUACUGAGAGUCCUGAAUAACCCACCUGAUGAUAACGAUAAGAGUAAUAAUUUGCUGUGGAUAAUACUUGGGCCUAUCAUCGCUGUCAUAGUUGUAGUGGCCGUAGUUGUAUGUUUGAUCGUUCGAAGGAUAUUAAAAAAAAAACGUUAUGACGUACGGGAGAAGGGGUUAGAACUUCGUGAAGACCCAAGGCCAUUGAUGAAUGGUGACAGUUUGCCUGACAGUUUACCCCAAACUCAAGUGUCUACCUAAAUCUCUCUCAUUUGAAGGGCCAUAACUCUGUUGUUUGAAAACAAAGUAUUAUCUGCCCUGCGACUUAAGCUGAAAUAUUAUUUUCCUCUGUUUGCUGUGUUUGUGUGGUCAAGAUUUGAUGAAGCCAAUUAAGUUAAGCAUAGUAAAACAAAUCUUAGUGCAGGCAUGGUUUAUAUCGUUUUUGCUUGUUUUUAAGAUCCUGAUAAUAAUUCAAACUCCUGUUUGUUUUGAUACCUAAUCUAUUUAAAUGGCAUAUUUCAAGAGCACGAAAGUCCUGUGAACAAGCCGUUUUAAGAAUGUAUAACACAGUAUUUUGUUGUGUUGACAGUUAAAU